GGAAAUAAGGGGGCCAGACAGUCGGGGAAGUUCGGCAAGCACUAAGUCUAGGCACUCUCGUGCUCGUGAGAAGAGUAGGAGGUAAAGAUGUCGGAGCGAAAAGUUUUGAACAAAUACUACCCACCCGACUUUGACCCGUCGAAGAUCCCCAAGCUCAAGCUGCCCAAAGACCGGCAGUACGUGGUGCGGCUGAUGGCUCCCUUCAACAUGAGGUGUAAGACGUGUGGAGAAUACAUCUACAAGGGCAAGAAGUUCAACGCUCGCAAAGAGACGGUGCAGAACGAGUCCUACCUGGGCCUGCCCAUCUUCCGCUUCUACAUCAAGUGUACGCGCUGCCUGGCAGAGAUCACCUUCAAGACAGACCCUGAAAACACAGACUACACCAUGGAGCACGGAGCCACACGGAAUUUCCAGGCUGAGAAGCUCCUGGAGGAGGAGGAGAAGAGGGUGCAGAAGGAGCGGGAGGAUGAAGAGCUGAACAACCCCAUGAAGGUGCUGGAGAACAGAACCAAGGACUCCAAGCUGGAGAUGGAGGUUCUGGAGAACCUACAGGAGCUCAAGGACCUGAACCAGCGGCAGGCGCACGUGGAUUUCGAGGCCAUGCUGCGGCAGCACCGCCUGUCGGAGGAGGAGCAGCAGAAGCAGGAGCAGGAGGAGGACGAGCGGGAGAUGGCGGCCUUAGUGGAGGAAUCUAGGAAACGAAGACUCCUGGAAGACUCCGAUUCCGAGGAGGACACUGCUCCCCCAAAGCCCCGGCCGGCCCUCCGGCCGAACCCCACUGCCAUCCUGGACGAGGCCCCAAAAGCCAAGAGGAAGGCAGAGAGCUGGGAGCGCAGCGUGGGCACCCUUGGCAGCAGGCCCCAGCUGUCGGGCCUGGUCGUGGUGAAGAAAACAGAUGUGGAGGGCAGCAUCCAGCGGGGAGGAGCCCUGCCCGCCCCAGCUUCCAGCAAGCCUUGGAGAUCGUCUCUUGGACAGUCCCUGAGAUGGCAGCCGUGCUUUGGGCACGUGGGUGAGCCCACCCGCCAGCGGUUGGCUCCAUCCCCUCCUGUCACAGAACCAUCUGGAACCCAUGAAAGGAACCUGCUGAUCUAUCUAGGCACCUUCUCUCUGCCAGCAUCUGAGGACGGGGCUGCAGAAGCACGCAGCCUAGCCAGUCCUGGACUCCUGACUCUCAGAAACUACGAGAUCAUAAACGUGCAGUGUUUUGUAUGCUCAAUUUGGGGAUAAUUUGUGAAGCAGCAGUGGAAAGCUGGUACAGCCACGCAACCAGCAAGUCUGAUUCCAAAGCUCAUGUUCUUUCACGUUGCCAGAGUCCAACUCGUGUGAUCCCCUCCUACUGCAGUGUUUUCUAGUUGAAGGUCCUGUAUCCCCAGACUCCUUCACAACCUGAUCAACCCUCAUCUCUGGUCUCCUGCCCCUCCCAGGGUCACAGAUGUCAGCUCUCCUCCCUCUCUCUCUCUCUCACACACUCACACACAGACGUUCAUCUGGCAUUUGGUAACGAGGCUUUGUGUUUUUCACUGUCAGAGUUUGGGGGAUGAAACGCCCCCGCUUUGGGGAUCCGCUUUCCCACGGUGAUUUCCCUGCUUAGGGUUGGCACCAAGAAGUGAACCGGGGAUCGGCUAGGGCUUCUGACGAAGGCUUGGGGGCCUCCCAUCACAGCUCCACGGCUGCAAAGACAGGACCUGGGGGGCCUGAUUCCAAAGCCCUGACGGUGGGGGCUGAAGCCCGCCCACGCUGGCAGCUGGCGAGAACUGAUGCCUCGUGCAUCUCUCUUCCCAAUUUCGCACCCAGCAGCAUCAUAUUUAUGGCUUAAAAUUGGCCGCUGCGGGAGUGUUUACACCACGGCAGUUGGCAGAUGCUGCCAGAGCCAGUUGUGAAGCCCGAAGCAGCAACCACGGCCUGUUUUCUCCCAACGCAGCAUCCUGCAGUCAGUGCCCUGGACGUGGGCCAUUCAGAGGCUCUCGGUGAAAAGAAGUCACCCAGGGACUUCCCCGGUGGUCCAGUGGUUGGGACUCCGAGCUUUCAUUGCCAAGGGCCUGGGUUCAGUCCCUGGUCAGGGGACUAGAAUCGUGCAAGCUGUGCAGCACAGCCAAAAAAUAAAAGGUAAAAACAAAAAAUAAAAAAUAAGUCAUCUAGGUUAAGUAGUUGUGAAAAGAAAUUGAAGGGUGGGGGCCUCUCGGGUUCAUUUUGAUUCAUUCUUUCAGACUGUUUCCUAAACUCCCAUUGCUCUUAAUCCACCGCAGUUUUUGCCAAGUACGUGCACCAUCUGUUGUUAGUAAGUGUUAACUCAACUCCGUUCUAAAACAUGGGUUCCCAAACUACGAUCCACAGGCCACAUCUGGCCCGUGGCCUGUUUUUGUAAAUAAAGUUUUAUUGGCACAUAGACACACCCAUGUUUGAGCUUAUCACUCAUG